AUGUUGCCAUGUGCCCGCUGGCUCCAGCCUGCUCUCGUCUUUUUCUCCUCUGCCUUAUUGACAUGGGGAGGCAACUGCCCCCCCAGCUGCCUGUGCCCAGAUCCUCACACAGUGGACUGCAGCGGACAGGGGCUGACCCGACUACCGGACUCCAUCCCACUGGACGUGCGCCGUCUUCUGCUCUCUAAUAACUGGAUUCCGCGGAUCCCCUCUGACUUCCUGGUGCUCUACAGCGACCUGGUGUACCUGGACCUGCGGAACAAUUCGCUCUCGCAGAUCGAACCGGGCACACUGAGCACUUCUUCUCGACUGGUCUUCCUGGACCUGGGCAGCAACAACCUGACGGAGAUAUCUAAGGGCACCUUCGGGGAGUCCCGCAGCCUGAUCAAGCUGCGCCUGGGCAGCAACCCUUACCUGAGCAGGGUCAGCAAGGAUGCCUUCCAGGGCCUGACCUCUUUGCGAGAGCUGGAGCUGGAGCGCAAUGCUCUCUCUGGCCUGCAGGUGGGGGCCCUGAGUCAACUACCCUCCUUGAGGCUGGUGCGACUGGAGGGGAAUCCCUGGGUUUGCAACUGCAACUUUGCCAACCUGUUCACCUGGCUGAUGGAGAACAGACACAAGCUUCCGAAUGGGGUGGAAAGCUUGGAAUGCUCACUGCCCAUGGACGGGCGGACGGUGGCUCUGAGCCAGCUUUCACAGGAAAGUUUCCGGAAGUGCCAGGAGACCCUGACGCUCACCGAUCUCCUGAUCAUUAUCUUCUCCGGCAUCUCGGUCUCGGUGGCUGCGAUCAUGGCCAGCUUCUUCUUGGCAUCUACUGUUCACUGCUUUCAGCGCUGGAGCAAGGGCAGCAAAGGUGAUGAUGAGGAGAGUGAGGAGUGAAGAAGGGUCACCAGUCUGGGUCCAUCUGCCCUUCUCCUACCUUUCCACCCCCAGCCAAGCAACUGCAGCCAUGUCCAAGUUCAGGUGUUUACAGCUAUCGCUCCCAUCACUGCAAACCCUGUUCCCACAGAGGCACCUUUUAUAGGGUGACUCAGCACCAGCCUGAAGACAAACUCAAGCUUGAGGACAAAGUCAAGGUGAUCAUGACCAUGUCUUUAUUGUUUCAUGUUAGCUCUCGGCACAC